AACUUUGAGUUGUAUGUAUACCUUAUCUUGUGAUUAAUUAUUAUAUUAUAUCCUAAUUUGUUAUUAUUACAAAUUUUAUAUUUCAGUCUUUUAACAAGAAGUGCAAUGCAAUCUCCUCCAAGUCUUGAAGCUUUAAUUGAAGAGGUGAAGAACGACCCAUCAGAUCUUGGCUCUUGCAGUGCACUAGAGAAACUUUGUGGUUAUGUUGAUGAUCUCUCACAGAAAAUCACAAAGACUUCUGACACCAGAGUAACAGAUGAGCUACAAAGUUUUGCAAUCACUCUUUGGAAUACUGCUGUCACAAGAAAAACUGGUAAAAAUCUGGAGAAAAAUGCAAAUGCAAAAUUAAGACAUUGUGCUUGCCUGCUGGUAUUCCAUGAUAAUGGACCAACACAGAACAACCCUGUACUGCUGAAAAGACAAAUCAUGAUGGCUAUCAAAACAUCCAGAGCAUGGCUAGAUAGUGAUAGUCCCUUGCUGGCAGAUACGUCCCUCAAUUGGGCAAUGCAGAGUGUGGAGAGGUUCAAAUCCUUCUUAGAAGCUGAAGCAGAAGAUUCAGAGAGUAGGGCUGCUGAAAUGAAAGAGUUGGAGAAAAGCAUGCUCAAAAUGUUAACAUACAGGGUUGAGUGUGCCUGUAUUCAAGAUAACACUGAAACUGCUAUGGAAGCCCUGCAGAGUGCCAAGUAUUUGUUACCAAAGAUGCCAAAGGAGGCGCCGUAUUUAUGUGUUAUGUGCUACAACUUAGGCUGUGCGGCAUAUAAGAAAAAGCAGUUCAAGUCAUCGGCUAUGUGGCUGCGAGAGAGCAUCGAACUUGGAAAGGAUGAACGCGCAGUGGGUUCUGAAAAUCAGGCUAAAUCUCUUCGUCUGUUGGCCACUGUGUACAUUGACUGGGACAUCAAGCAGUAUAUGCAAAAAGCAUUGAAUGCAGUAGGCCUAGCAAAUGCUGAGUAUUGUCACCCUGUUGGGCUGUACCUGAAACUACGGAUAUUACUUAAAGGAGAUUUCACAGACAGCCGCAUUCAGUCAGCUCUUGAAGAUAUAAUUCGUCACAGCGAUCUAGAAAUAGAUACAGCAAUACAAACAAUUAACCUGCUUGCAGCAAGUACGAGGUAUGACUUAGCAUUUGACAUGUGCAAGAAAAUAACAAUGAAGUUCCAAACAUCACCUCAAGUAGGCCAAGUGUUGUUGCUGCAUUUGGAGAUGUUGUUGGAGAAAAACAUGAGGCAGGCCGCCAAAGACAUGAUUGAAGACUCUGUCACUGGAACAUUGCAGAUGUUGGAUAUUGAUACAAAAACGAAACUUCACAUUAUGCUAUGGAAACAAGCAGCAAGUGCCUUUGAGGGUGAUGAUUUCAGUGAAUCACUCACUUGGUAUAACUACUCACUCAGCUUGUUUUCAAAUUCUGAUAAAGGCAACAAGAACCUGGCAAAGUUACAGCGUAACAGAGCAUCAUGUUUCCUUGCCCUCAACAACCUAGCAAAGGCUGAAGAGGCCAUCGGAGAAGCUGUGAAACAUGAUGUGGCAAAUUGCUAUUCUUACUUCCUCGUGUACAAAGUAGCAUUGAUGAAAGGACAAGAUACUAAUGCUAUUGAAGCAAUCAAAAAGAUGUGUGAAGAAAGAAAGGAAAAGCCUCAAGACAUCACUGAGAAUGUGACAGAAGAGGAGCAGAAUCAACGUGGAUUGAUAUGCUUGGCUGCACAAUUAGCAUUUGAGGAGGAGUUCUUGAAUCUUGCUCUGAGCCAUGUGGAUGAUUGCCGGACAAUUUGUCAGAAGCUGAAGACUGCAGUCGACCCAGAGAAACCUGUAAAAGACACAACUGCAGUGCUGAUUGUGCUUUAUGAAUUUGAAGCAUUAGCAAGACUUGGACGAGCCCACAAGUUGAUGGACGUACUCGAGAAGGCCAUUGCCUUACCGUAUCGACAGACAAAAAUGUUUGAAACAUUAGCAGGGUUGUGCAUGCAGACAUCAGUUGCCUAUAAAGACGUAGCUCUCAAAGCUCUCAAUAUUGCCUUUGAAAUGCACAUGGCUAGUGACAUCAUUGACUUUAAGAAAUGCAGUAAAGUCAUACACAGUCUAGUAGAGUUAACAUCACAGAAUGUCAACAAAAGUACAGGGACCAACAAUGACAAAUGUUGGGACAUUUUUAAAAAGUCAUUAGAAAUUAUUGAACAGAAUGCAAAGGGGGAAUACCCUGAGGUGGAGAUACAGUGGCUAAUGAUAAAGGCAUGGAACACAGGCAUCCACAUGUACAGUGCCGGACAGCAUGUUGAGGCUGAGAAGUGGUGCAGUAUGUCCUUGCAGUUCCUACAUCAUUUGCCUACAAUGAGAAGCAAUUACGAAGCUCAUAUGAAUAACAUAUAUGCAGAAAUUCUGUCAAAAAUUGAGAAAAACCAAGCAAAAGUAGGAACAGAAGAAUAAUGACAAGAAAAGUAAGCUGAAAAGGUGCUGAAUUUCAUCCACGCUCUAGAAAUACUCUUUUCACACACCGGUGGUUGUUUUACAAAGUUACAAAGUUAUAAAUUUUGUUGAUGUUAGCAAUAACUAUAAUAAUGAAGAUGAAUCUGUUGAAUAAUAAUGAUUAUUAUGAUGAAUAAUAUUAUUUAUAAAAAAAAGACAGUUAAUAAUAUAGAUUUUAUGAUUAUUAAGAAUAGUGAUAGCAAUAAUUAUGAAUCAUAAGAGUAGUCAGUUCUGUUUAUUUUUGUUUUAUCUUUUUCAUUUUUAUAUUUUAAGGUUUUUUAAUUUGUUAUGAAAAUGAUUGUUUUACCUGCACAAAUUACAGUGUUUAAAAUAUUGAUGGUGUUUUCAAUAUUGUAACAUAUAAUGAAUGUUA